AUGACUAUUUUCCAAAAUUUCUCAUUGGUAUUUCUACUUAUUUGGGUUCCAUCAAUAAUCAUUGGAUGUGAUAUAACUGCAUCACUGACCUCCCAAACCUUUCAUGAAAUUUAUGCUCAAUUUACAUUUCACAAUAAUACAAAAAGUCCGAUUUAUCAUUUCGACACAGAUGGACAAACGCAAUUAGUUCAUAUUACUGGAAUGUUUUGUAACAUGAAACCAACUAAACUAGAUGUGUUCCGUACCUCUCCAACUGCUGACACAAAGCCAAGUGGAACUAGUCAAGCAUUUAUUGAAGGAUUUGGUUAUGUCAAUUACAUGCUCCUGAGUGAUGGAGUAUUCAUGGGGAUGAAAGCAGGAAUUGCGUGUGCUGCAGGAGACUGUGGAGCUUCUAAAGGAUGA